AUGGAUAAUUUAGAGAAGGAAUCAAUUUCUCAAUUGAAUAUUAAAAAAAAUAUCAAUUUAUUAUUAAAAAGAUAUCAAAAUAAUCAAAAUGAUCGCAUUAAUUAUCCUGAAAAUCCAGAAAAAUGGAUCAAAUCUGAAGUUGAUUUAGAAGAACAAAUCCGAUUCUUUAGUGAUUUAUCAACUAUUCCUUCAUUAUAUAUACAAUUUCUAACAUUAAAUGGUUUUAAAAUAUUAUCUGAUAUAUUAUCACAUCAAAAUAUUGAUAUAGUAAUAGUGUGUAUAAAUGUAUUAUCGGAAAUAUUGGAUCCUGAAAUAAUUUAUACAUUAGAAACAUCAAAUGAGUUUAUAAAUCAUUUGGAAUCUUUAUCAAUAGAUAAAUUGGUAGUAAAUUCACUAAUAACUAUUCAAGAAGAGGAUGAAGUGGAUUAUAAUGGUGUUAAAAGUUGUUUUGAGUUAUUGGAGAAUUUAAUGGAAUUAUCAUCUAAAAUAUUAUCUGACUUGGCUACUAAUGAGAAGUUCUUGUCAUAUUUGUUAACUCGUAUGAAGAAGAGGAAAACAAUGGCAUAUGAUACUAAUAGAGUAUAUUCUAGUGAAUUAUUAUGUGUAUUAUUACAAGGUUCUGAUGAAUGUGUUGUUAAACUUGGUUCAAAAGAACCAAUUGAUGGUAUUGAUCAACUCUUAAGAAUUAUAGCAAUUUAUAGAAAACGGAAUCCAGAUUCAUUAGAAGAGGAAGAAUUAGUUGAAAAUUCAUUUCAAGCAUUAUGUAAACUAAUGUUCAAUAAUGAGAAUCAAAUAAGAUUUGGUAAAAUACAAGGAAUACAAUUAAUGAUAAGAUUAAUUCGUGAAAGAAGACAAACAUAUAAAUUAGCACUUAAAUUACUCGAUUUUGCAUUAUUAGAUUCUACAUAUAAUUGUCAAUUAUUCGUACAAUUAUAUGGAUUAAAAUCGUUAUUUAGUAUAUUAAUGAGAAAAGGUGUAUUAACUAAAGAAGGUACAGAACAAGAAAAACAAGAAGACGAGAAUGUAAUUGGUAUAAUAAAUUCAUUAUGUAUAAAUUGUACUGGUGAAGAAUUAUUAAGAGUAAUAAAUAAGUUUGUGGAGAAUAAGCAUGAAAAAUUGGAAAGGAUAGUAGAGUUACAUAAAAAGUAUACACAAAAAUCAAAUUUAUACAUUAAUAAAAUGAAUAAAAAGAAUGAAAUACCUGAAUUGGAUGCGGAGGAACAAAAUUAUCUUGAAAAGUAUGAAGCUGGACUCUCAAUUUGCCAAUUAAUCGACUGUCUAAUUGUCAGAAUAUAUAAUAUGAACCAAGAACUGUCAAUAUGCCUUUUAUUAUUACUUAAAAAUAAAGGCAUUAAUAUACAAGAUAUUUAUAAUCAUAUUACAGAUUAUUUGGAACAUAUGAGUGAAGAAGGAAAAGAAUUAAAGAAUCAAGUGGAAGAAUUAAUGAUAAAUUUUUUAAAAGGAGCUAAAAAUUCAGAAAUGUUCAAUUAA